GAUGGACCGAACCACCCCCUCUCUCAAAAGUGAACUCGUCGCUCAUCGCAAUGCCUGCUUGAUCUUUGUAUGCUGAGUGACCAUGCAGUACUUGGCGCAGCUUCGCGACUAGCUUACCCCGGAUCAAUGCUUUCCUCUCCCACUCUCAGAGUCAUUUAGCCGGGUACAGCGCUUGUUCCCCGAUCAUCGGUGGCCGGCCUAGAUCCGAUCCUCCACCAUACGCACGCUUCGCACUCGACGGUGUUCGCCCUCUAUCACGAUUGCAUGAUUUGCAGUGUCCUCGAUUGGCUUACGAUUAGUUGAUGAUCUUCACAAGAAUUCCCGAGCAGGUCACCCGUUUGCUGAAGGCUCAUCAUGUCGUCGACGACAGCUCCGAGUAGCUCCACCCAGAAGCUCGCCUCUCCGGGGUUCAACGCCGGCGCCAGACCAUACAGGUCACAUAAGGUCAGGGCAUGUGAUCUGUGCAGGAAGCGCAAGUCUCGGUGCACUGUGGAUAUACCCGGCCAGUCGUGUCUGCUGUGUCGCGUGCAGGGCGCCGAUUGCCACUACCAGGAGGAUUCCAGCCAGGAUGCUCCACUCUCAGACGGCCAUGACACCAAACGCUGGUCCGCAGAUCCGGCGCAAGUGUCGACUGUUGGUCAGAAGCGUAAGCGCAGCUCAGAAGUCGGCUCCCCGGCCAGUGGCAGCCGCCCACGGGCAUCCAGUGUUCCCCAGACAGACUCAGCCGGUGGCCAUCGAGGAAGCGAGUCCAGAUUCGAUGAUCCUCACAAUGAGUCUGUCCUCAUUGUUGGGCCUGUGGUGGCUGACGACGCCCAAGUGAUUGAAAAGUACAUGCCCACCGAGCGGACGAGCAAGUCCGUAGAACCGAAGAACAAUACGUAUAAUGUCUACUCGAGCGAUCCAAGGAAGCCCAUUCUGUACACGACGGUUUCGAGACGAAGACAGGGAAUGCGCGUUGGUAUUCCGCCGGGAGAGAAUCAGAAAGAAAUUCUGGAGCAGAUCUUAGGACCUUUCAAGCACGACCUAGUUAGACUGUUCAUUGACAGGUUCAACGCGGCGUUCCCCAUCUUCGAUGGAGAAAGCUUCUGGGAGGCUUUUAUCUCUGAGACUCCCGGGGACCCGCCAGCCUCUCUUUUGUGUCAGGUGUAUUCGAUGUCUUUAGUGUAUUGGAAGCACACUCCCAAGCUAGCGUGUCAUCCAAAACCAGACGUCCGUUACGCGGUCAACAUGACCGUGGCCGCUCUACACGAGGAAUUCUCCGCCCCUGGUCUGUCUACCAUAAGCGCCGCCCUUAUUGAUUUGACCGGUCGCCCGAUUUUCUCCAUGACUGGAAAUGCGAUCAGUAGCGGCCGGAUGGUCUCCCUCGCACACUGUCUCGGACUCAAUCGCGACCCUAGUCAUUGGAAACUGUCCCCGGCUGAAAAGAAUCAUCGCAUGCGCUUAUGGUGGGGUGUGGUCAUCCACGAUCGAUGGGGGAGCUUCGGUCACGGUGUACCGCCACAGAUUGCAAAGAAUCAGUACGACGUCCCCCUUCCGACAAUCGACGUACUUAUACCGCCAGCAUCUCGCACCCCUGAACGCGUCCGAGCCGCGCAUUGCCACAUCGCGCUGUGCCAAUUGACGGAGAUUCUGGGCGAGCUACUGCCCCUUGUCUACGGUCUUCAGCACCGAUUCGCGCGCGAAACCACCAAGAAAGUGAGACAGAUCCGGACGGACCUCGACGUCUGGGAGGACUCGCUGCCUGACUGGCUGAGAAACCCUCCACGUACCUCUGAGGGACGCAUCUCCGGAACCAGCAGUCUUCAACUAGCGUUCCUGGCUGUUAAGAUGCUAGUGAGCCGGGUGGAAUUGAACGAGGUGAACAACUCGGAGACGGAAAACCCGGAAGCACGCCGGUAUUUCCAGACUGAAUGCCGCAAAUCGGCGGAGGAGAUUGUACAAUUCAUCUCCUCUCUUCGCAAGGAGAAUUUUCAAGAAUUCUGGCUUCCAUACAGCGCAUUCCACCUCACUACGACCGCAACGCUUCUCGUCCGCUGCGCCCUCGAAACCACCGACAGCGAAGUCGCGCGGUCCUGCCUCGCCAACGUCGAGACCUUCCGCGCCAUCCUGCGCCGCGUCCGCGAGGACGAGGACUGGGACGUCGCCGACAUGUGCCUGGACCACUGCGAACGGCUCCUCAGCCGCCUAGCGGCGCCCCCGGGCAGCGCCGGCGCCGGCGCCGGCGGUGGUGCCACCAACCCCGACACGACCUUCAGCCAGGUCAUUGGCCUCGGCGGCGGCAUGUUGGGCGGCGGCGGCGCGGGCGGCGCGGGCGGCGCGUCCGACCACCCGGGGGCCACAGGCCGUCUCGUCAACCCGGCGGCCAUCUCGCUCCCCGAGACGCAGACCAACAAUGACAUCGUCGACGACAUGAUGUCCAUCUCCGGCACCUUCGGCACCAUGGACGGCUUUCCCUUCGAUAUGACCGGCAUCUGGGACGUGUCCGUCUUCCAGGACGUCAACCUAUCGUAAAAGCCCGCAGAGAAAGGAAUCCUUGGACAAGGCAACAUAACCGUAAUAUUCUAUGUAAUCAACUACCCCAGGUUUCUCGUUGAUUUUUUCUUUGGAAUGAUCACUACCAAAUCAUGCUCAUUUUUCAACGAGAGUAUGGAUACCCACCUCAUCCCUUUUGACUACUUGAUCUUUUUUCCCUCUGUCUUUUCAACAAAAGAGUCGAAAGUGAGGGUGAGGGAGAGUGAAUGUGGAGGCUGGGGUGGAAGGAGAAAGGAGGGAAGAGGGGAGGAGAGGCUUUCUGUUUUGUUUUGUUUUGUUUUGUUUUGUUUUGAUUUGAUUUCUUAGAAUAUACCCAUUGAGGCAGUGAGUGCAUAGUUACUGCUGCUGUCGCUGUGUUGCAGGUUCUUUCUGCUUAGGGAACAGAACAAUACUACAAACAUACAUACCUUUUAUGGCAUCGAAGCUCGACUGCCACAGCGAUUUUUCUGCGAUUGCGGAAAUCUGG